CGGAGCGCACGGCGGAGGGGCACGGUGGCGCCCGCGGUGGCCCGGCGGGGGGGGGCUCGGCCCCGGCUCGGCCCAACGCGCCGCCGGCACGGCGCCAAUCACGGCUCCGAGGGCAGCAGGGCCGCCGCCCUGAGAUUUCAUCAGAUAUGACUAUGAAUAUCCUGGUGUAGCCCAAAGGAAGGACAUGAUGUCAGAAUAACAUACAGAACAAUUGUGAGGGCAAGUCCAGAGAACCAUGCAGUCAUCGGGGCACAGAUUCCGUGAUGUUGAGCACCACCCACUUCUUGCUGAAAAUGACAGCUAUGAUUCCUCUUCCUCAGAGGCCGACAUGGCAGAGAGGGUUUGGUUCAUCCGAGAUGGCUGUGGUAUGGUCUGUGCUAUAAUGACGUGGCUUCUGGUUGUCUAUGCAGACUUCGUAGUGACUUUUGUCAUGCUGCUGCCUUCCAAAGACUUUUGGUACUCUGUGAUCAACGGUGUUCUCUUUAACUGCUUGGCAGUGCUAGCUUUGUCAUCACAUCUGAGAACCAUGCUAACCGAUCCAGGGGCUGUACCCAAAGGAAACGCCACUAAAGAGUACAUGGAUAAUUUGCAACUAAAACCAGGAGAAGUGAUCUACAAAUGUCCGAAGUGCUGUAGUAUCAAACCUGAACGUGCACACCAUUGCAGCAUUUGCAAACGAUGUAUUCGAAAGAUGGAUCACCACUGCCCUUGGGUGAAUAACUGUGUGGGGGAGAAGAAUCAGAGAUUUUUUGUUUUGUUUACGAUGUAUAUAGCCCUAAUUUCAGCUCAUGCGCUCAUACUGUGUGGGUUUCAGUUUUUCUCCUGUGUCCGAGGGCAGUGGACUGAAUGCAGUGACUUCUCUCCACCUGUAACUGUGAUCCUGAUGAUCUUCUUGUGCCUUGAGGGUUUUCUGUUUCUCACUUUCACUGCAGUCAUGUUUGGCACCCAAAUCCACUCCAUAUGCAAUGAUGAAACGGAGAUUGAAAGACUGAAGAGUGAAAAGCCAACGUGGGAGCGGAGACUGCGAUGGGAAGGAAUGAAAUCUGUUUUUGGGGGUCAGCCUUCACUCCUGUGGAUUAAUCCUUUUGCAGGAUUUAGGAUCAGACAAAUCCUACUGAGAUCGAAGAAAGGAGGACCUGAAUUUUCUGUUUAAGUCUAGUUAUGCUGGAACUUGCAAGAAUACUAUAUAAUAUUUAUUUGGGGCCAGAAAAGGCUGUCUACAUAUAAUCUGUGACCAGGUGAAACUGAUACCAGACAUUUGCUUGUAGCAAGCAGAGUUUUAUACGUUUAUCGUCACAGACAUCUCAUUAACUUUCAGAGACACAAACUGGAUCUGUAAUGGUCUUAACAGCAAGAUAACAUAGAAAAAAAGCACGUGGUCACACUAAAGAAGCCAAAUGUUGUCAUGCUACUGUAAUUUAU